CAUUGACUGUUUCGGACGUGCUUUAAAAAAUUUCAAGUUCUAAUCACAUUUUCUUGAUUAUUAAAAAUUAGCAGUGGAUGAUCUGGUGUCAAAAUUCAAAGUAUUAAUUGCCCUGCGGUGCGGAAGCCUACAGAAGCUUAUAAAUUGUCAUCAUUAUUACUAUUGAAGGAUAAUAAAGCUGCUGGCAGAUAGCGAUUUGUCAACAGACUCCGCCCAUUAUCCGGAGAAGGAGGGAUUUAGCAGAAACAGAUACUUCGAUACCCGUUCUGCGCGUGCGCAUACAUCCUUCGGGUGAUAAUUUGGAGGACUUGAAAAAAUUGCGACAUUUAUAUUCAUGCUGAAGAUGUAGAUUGGUUCUUGGAGUAGCGAGGUACUUAAAACGGAAUAGUGAUAAAGUGACAUUGGAGACGCGUCUUGAGUGUGAAUCAUUAAGGACGUAAUGUCCGUCAGUCCUAAGCAUAGUACACCAUUUUCUGUGACAGAUAUCUUGAACCCCAUUGAGGAGUUACAAAACUUUUCUAACUUUAACUUACCACUACGCAAAACGACGUUCGGGGAGACAGGAAUCCCGGGCCUUGGGGCUUACACUUAUCGCGGCUCGGGUUCUCAGACUGGAGUUGGAAGUAUGAACAGUAUGAGUGCCAUGAGUGUGCCGGUGACAAACCCGUACCACAACUAUGUGCCACCGCUAAGCCAUCACGCACCGAGCUUCACGUCUCAGUAUUGUAACGGUGGGGAUUACUACACCGACCCUAUGAUGAGGAAUGGCACGAACUGGUAUAAUGCCGGAUCUCCCGACCACCGACUCACAAUUUCUCGUCUGAUGAGUGGUCAGAGCUCGUGCGCCAUGUCACCAAUGUCGUCUGGGAUGAACCACAUGAAUACCAUGGGAAUCCCAGGUCUGGAUCAUAAUAAGGCCAUGCAGUUCCCUCUCACGCAGCGCCGGAAGCGUAGGAUUCUUUUCUCCCAGGCUCAGGUGUACGAGCUUGAAAGAAGAUUCAAACAGCAGAAGUAUCUCUCGGCGCCAGAAAGAGAACAUCUAGCCAGCAUGAUCAAUCUAACGCCGACUCAAGUUAAAAUCUGGUUUCAGAACCAUCGUUAUAAGUGCAAGCGUCAACAGAAAGAUAAAGAUAAGUUAGAUUCUAGUGCAAGCUCAAAUGCGAGCGAAAAUUCACCGCAACAAUCUCAGAACUCGCAAAAUUCGCCUAAAAAGGUGGCAGUUCCGGUUUUAGUCAAAGAUGGAAAACCCUGUUCCGGAAACGGAAAUACUGACUCUCAUAAUUCACAACCUGCGCAUGCGCAGGCGCGUGUAAGUUCCUCAUCGCAUAAUCAUACUGGCUCAAGCCCUGUUCAUGUUCAUGGUUCGUCUAGUGCCAAGAUAAACACUGCCCCAUCCAUACAUGGAAACACGAUGUCAUCAGUUACUAAUUCAUCUACGCAUUGUUUCUCAUCUUCAUCGUCAUCGUUGUCAUCACCGACGUCAGGGAUAUAUAACAGCAUAAAUUACCCUACCCCGGCUGUUAUGAAUGGGGGCUCGCCAUACCUACUAAGUGGAAGAACAUGGUGACGUGACAUCGGAGACAUUUACUAAAAAUGUGUUAAAAGGAUUUCAUGGUUUCCGUCACCAUUGAUCAAUGUUUACUCUUCCCAAGUUAAACGCUCGUAAAAGCUGGGCUUUAUGGGUUUGCACAAGCGCAACGUGCUAUAAAAUCCAACCAUAGGGAAGGGUGUAAGUUAUAAACACCACAAAGGACGAAAGUGACAAUUUAUGAAAGUAAUCGAUGCAGUUAUUUGCAUUGAGGGAUGUUUUAAUGUACUAGGUUAGUUUAUUAUCAACAUUUCCUAAACCCGUAUACUCCUCCAAAGGUUUUUCUAUCACAAUGUUCAAGGCAGUUCGAAAAAAUAUGUUUGUUACUUUGUCACUAGUAAAACAUGACCGCUUGUUCAUUUUAAACAACGUUUGGGUGUAAAAUACAAUUUGAUCUUCGUUUUUUGCAAUUAUCAAUUUCAGUAAAAUUAAAGGGUUAAAGCCAGAUUAUUGCAGAACGGCUUUUUUUUGCUUGAAAAUGAUUUACGGAAUGUGUACGGUGACCAGGAAAUAAACAUAUCUUUCACAAUAGCAUUUAUAUCUUUUUUUAGAUGAAUUACUUCAUACAGCUUUAUAUAUUUUAUUCUUUACACAGAAACUAAUUCGUCCAAAUAAGUUCUGCAUUGAAGUUUUAUAUGUAGGCGGUUUUUAUGUAUUUAUUAUUUACUUAUUUUCUAACGAUAAACAGACUUUAUCUCCAUGUUCGUGUAUGUCUAAAGAAAGAUGUGUUCAUUUUUGCAAAUAACACUCAAAACCUAAGAAUUUUGAGCUGAAAAAAAAUCAUUUAAUAACUAGGUUCUUCGAAAUUAAACAGUUAUAUAUGCCAAAAUACAUACAGUUUACGAGGACCAUUUUGUUCAGCAACAAUUGAAGUAGAAUUUUUUUUUCAUCACGAUUUUCAAAUUUGUUAGACUGAAUGUUACUAAGUGAGAACAAAUAUUGUAAAAUGCACGAAGAUUUCGUGUACAUUCCUUAAGUAAUUGAAAAAUGCACGAAAAUUUCGUGUGCAAUCCAUAACUUACAUGUAUUUAAAAUUCACGAAUAUUUCAUUUGAAAUCCAUAAGUUAUUGGGAAAAAAAUGCACGAAGAUUUCGUGUGAAAUUCAUAAGUUAUUGAAAAAUGCACGAAGAUUUCGUGUGUUAUUCGUAAGUUAUUGAAAAAUGCACGAAAAUCUCGUGCAGGAGGACCCUUUUGUCUCUUUACAUUGUACAGCUUACUCCUUGUUGUUCAGACCGUGGAAUAUAUUACUUGUAUUACUUGUUUUUAUGUUCCAGUUUUAUUGUAUAAUUUAUAUGUUUAAGACAUUUAUUGAUAUGAUAUGACAAUCAAUAAAUAAUAUAUUUAAAGAUA